AUGCCCCACGUCAACUCUGAUGUGCAGCUGCAACAUGCGAACUUAGUUUCUGUUCCGCGUUCAAACAUGUCGAAAUUUCCCGAGAUUCAAGGUGGAGGCUCAUUGAUUCUCGCCUGGCAGAUCAAAGACAAGCAUGUGUUAGUAGUGGGAGGUGGUGAAGUCGCCGCCGGGCGCAUUGUACACGCCCUCAAUGCCGACGCCCGUGUUACCGUUGUUUCUCCUGCCUCAGGCCUAAACGAGGAAGUAGCAUACCGAGUGGCCGAAAAGCAAGUGACCCACGUUGAUCGGAACUUCGAGCCCUCGGACCUUGAUGAUGCCGACAUGGUACUAUGCGCGAUUGACGACCCAGAGGCCUCUACACAGGUCUGGAAGCUUUGCAAGGAGAAGAAGAUCCCGGCCAAUAUCGCAGAUGUUCCUCCCGAGUGUGACUUCUACUUUGGUAGUAUGCACCGCGAUGGUCCGCUCCAGAUUAUGGUCAGCACAAAUGGCAAUGGUCCAAAACUGGCCAGUAUCGUGCGCAAGAGGAUCGCACAGGCUUUACCAUCUAAUAUGGGAGCUGCAAUUCAGAACGUGGGAAAGCUGCGAAAGAAGUUACGAGAGGUAGCACCCAACCAGGAGGAAGGGCCCAAGAGAAUGAAAUGGAUGUCUGCGGUUUGUGAGUCAUGGAGCUUGGACGACUUGGUGCAAAUGACUGAAGAGGACAUGGAUGGAUUACUUUCGCAUUACCAGCCGAAUAAAGUGCCAGCACUUCAAGAGGUGCGAAAAUCAUGA